AUGAAAUAUUCUAUUGUGAAUGAUUUCACAUCCAUACUUGUCUUAGAAACAUUACAACAACACAUUGAACAUAAUAUAUGUUCACAUCCAUCACGUAAAACAUUAUACAAUGAUUAUAUAAAGUACCAACAAAAUAAAACACAACAAGAAUCAACAAAAAGUCAAGCUAAACUAACAGCUGUCUUGAAUCUAUGGCAAGCACGUUGCACAUGUUCACAAACAGCUUAUCAAAUUUAUUUAGAUGAACGUCAAUCAUAUUCAAAAUCAUCAUCGUUCUAUUUUGAUAUAACAUCUUAUUUUUUCUCAAAAGUACGUUCGUCAAUAUCGAAACCAUCAUCAAUUGAAACAUUUAACAAACAUUAUUCAAUUUCCAUUUUUUGCAUUAAAAUAUUUUCACAUAAUACUGAUCGCAAUAGUGGUAAUGAUUCCAAUGUAAAUAAUUAUGAACUUUUAGGUUUAUGUAUUUUAACAAAUGUAUUAGAACUAGAAUUAGAAUUACUACAACUAUUACGAACAGUUGCUUGUAAACUUGUCGAACUUGGCCUUCUUGGUUUAGCUAAGAAUAUUUUUCGACACAUUGUUACUUUAAGAUCGGACGAGCCACAAUCAUUUCAUGACCUAGCAUUAUUAUUGCAGGGAUCUAAUGUUCAAAAUAAGACCAUUACAGAAAUAUCAGAUCUAUUUAAGAAUGUUAUAUUUGUUGAUCAACGUCUCAUUCGACAUUUAUCUGUUGGCUUAAGAAUAGUUAUGGUUUGGGAUACAAAUGAUUCAGAUGUUGAUUUACAUGUCAUUGAACCAACAGGUGAAGAAUGUUAUUAUUCUCAUAAAAAUACAGCUAUUGGUGGUAUGAUAAGUCGUGAUUUUACCAGUGGCUAUGGGCCAGAAGAAUAUCUAAUUCGAAAGUCAGUCAAAGAUACAUAUACAGUUCGAGCAAAAUAUUUUGCUAAUCAUCAACAAAGUCUAACUAGUGCAACAACAAUCAUGGUAUAUAUCUAUAAGUAUUAUGGUCAAACGAAUCAGCAAAAAGAAAUUGUAACACUACGAUUGAGUAUAACGCAUGAUCAAAAAUUGAAUACGUCUAUUCAUUCGAAUGCUAUUUGUGAUGGAUAUGAUACAUCACCAAUAAAAGGAGAUAGUUAUAGAUGUUUAUUUUGCCCAGAUAUUGACUUUUGUCAAUCAUGCAAGUCGGCUAGUGGAACAAAUUAUGAGUCAAAUCAUCAGUACAAUCAUCCGUUACUAUGCAUUAAAGAUUCAAGUGAAUAUUCAGAAUCAUUUUAUUUAUGUAAUCGUACUGAUAUCAAUCAUACAAAUAUUCAAUGCGAUUCGUGUUUUAUGAUACCGAUUAUAGGUAUUCGUUAUCAGUAUAGUUGUGGAAUAAAUUUAUGUGAACAAUGCGAAUUUACGGGUAUACACGAUCAAAGUCAUCAUCGUACAAAAAUAACUGAUCCAGUAUAA